GACAACGAUACAAACAAUCUAUGUAUUAAAGGGGUAAACUCUAUAAGUAUAAUCCCUCUUUUGGAAAACUUCUAUCCGGUUUGCAACAAAUCUAUAACUAUUGGGAUGAAAAUGCAGCUUCUCCUCUUUUGGAAAGUAUGUGUAAUAUGGCUGAUUCUAGACUUGUAUGCGACAGGGUGAGCCCUGUUUUAUCUAUUAAAAAAAGUAGAGAUACAAUAAACAUUACAUAAACAUUCAACUCUAGAAACCAGAUAACAGAGACAAACAAAACCCUAGCGUCUUUAAAUACUUCUUCUUUCAAGCCCGUAUUUUCUUUUCUCUCAGUCGUCUUUUUCUUUUUGUUUUCGGCGAUGAUGGAAGUGAAAACUCGAACAGUUCGAUCACUUGUCAACAAAUUAAGUUCCGUUUCAGAAAAAUCCCAGAUCGAAUCAAUCUGUGAACUUCGAUUAAUGUCUAAACACGAUCCAGAAAGUCGUUCAUUAAUAGCAGAAUCAGGUGCUUUACCAAUCCUAACAGAAACCUUAUUUUCAUCAUCAGAAAUUGCACAGGAAAAUGCAGUUGCAACUCUUUUAAACAUCUCAAUUUCAAAUAGAGAUAUUCUAAUGUCUACGCGAGGUCUUCUGGAUGCUCUUUCUCAUCUUCUUCGUCUUCCUUCUGCUACUGCAUCAUCUAUUCAAACAGCAUCUGCAACUCUUUAUAGUCUUUUAGUUGUUGAUCAAUACCGUCCGAUUAUCGGUGCUAAACGUGAUAUUGUUUUUGCUCUAAUUGAUAUUAUUAAGAAUCCUAAUUCUCCUCCUAGAUCAAUCAAAGAUGCGUUAAAAGCUUUGUUCGGGAUCUCUCUUUACCCAUUGAAUCGUUCUACUAUGAUUGAUCUUGGUGUCAUACCUGCUCUGUUUGCGUUGAUUGUCAAAGAUGGUAGAAUUGGUAUUGUUGAAGACGCGACAGCUGUGAUUGCUCAAGUUGCUGGUUGCUAUGAAAGUGGUGAUGAAUUCAAAAGGGUAUCUGGAAUUGGGGUUUUAAUGGAUUUAUUAGAUUUCUCCACCGGUUGUAGUUCUAGAACUAGAGAGAAUUCUAUAUCUGCUUUACUGAAUUUGAUUCAAAGUUGUGAUGAGGUUAUGACUCUUGAGAUUAAAAAAGUUUGUUCUUCAGCUGCUUUAGAUGGAGUUACUGAUAUUGUUGAAAAUGGAAGUUCGAAAGCUAAAAGUAAAGCUUCUUCAUUGUUAACGAUUUUGGAUAAAGGAGGAUAUCAAGAUCUAUAUGAGAUACAGGAAUGAAGCUCUUACCGGUUUGAUUUCCUUUUUUUUUUACUGAAAUCAUUCUUAUUAAUUUUUCAUUUGUUGUAUAAUAUUUUCAUCAAAAUUAAGCAUGUAUACAUAUAAUCAGGCUCUGUGUUAAUUUUUUUUUCUUCUGAAACAUAUUACAGAACAUCCUAAUAAAUCUAUCUAUGAAUUUGCUUGUUCUUGUGUGAGGGGAUUUGGGAAUUUUAGUAACAUUUGUACUUCAAU